AUGAGUUCAAUGAGCAGCACAAUCCUGCCAGCCAGGGCCACUAAAUUGUCCUCAACUCCUUUUCUUCCACGAUCUCUUUUGACCUCCCCUCCUUCCGAGCACAGUUUGAGGAAGCAAGACUCGGGCACGCCGGACUUGAGCACGCGGAAAUCGAGAAAGCAGAAACAGGGAAAGCGGAAGGGGAAGCAUCAUGGGCUGAAGACGAUCUUCAAACAAGUCGAGAAGCGCAAAAUUGGCCGUGGAUUCUUCGCUGUCCCGUGGCUGCGCUUCAAGCUGUCCCCAUCAGAGUUCGAGCACUUUGAACAACACUACCAGGAAGACGGAUUCGUCCAGCACAAGCUUCGGUACGAUUACUUUCCGUCGGCCCACCUCUUCGUGCUCCGGAUGGCAUGCUCAGUACAUGAAUACCUCGCAUCAAGUGUCGUUGUAGAUAUCUUACAACAACUGCGCGUGAUUGCACGUCGAGCAGAUUCCACAGGCGAAUUUGUCAAGAAGAUUGGCUCGGCUGCCAUCACUUUUAACGACCCCACGCUUAGCAAGCAUUCCCCGGACGGUUCAUUCAGACAUAUUGAAGCAAGGUACCCGGGAGUGGUCAUUGAAGUGUCUUAUUCACAGAAAAGACGGGAUUUGCCACGCCUUGCUGAUGACUACAUCCUCGGAUCAGAUGCUGAGAUCCGCGCCGUUGUGGGGUUAGACCUCGACUACAGAGGUAAGAGGGCCACUGUGUCCAUAUGGCGACCGCGAAUUCAAGUCAAUGCCGCUGGGGAGAAAGAAUUGGUUGCGCACAAAAGUUUAGCAGAUCAGGAAUUCCGCAGCGAGGAUGGUAACCAAAUCGGCGACCCACAAGUUGGCCUGCGCCUCCGCCUUGAAGACUUUGCAUUGAAGGCCUACGCCGACGGAGACGCAUCCCUAGAUGAUGAGGUAUUCAUCCCUGCACAUGACCUCUUCACGUACCUCAAUGACGCAGAGGAGUUCGACCGAUCAUGCAGAGCAAGCUCAAAGUACAAAGCUAUCGAGCCUGGAACUCGAAAGCGAGCUCGAGAAAGCACACCCCCUGAGGAGCUGGUUCAUGACGAUGAGGCGCGUUUCGCAGAGGAGGAGAAGAGAGCCGAGGAACGGGAGAGCCAUGGCGAAUCGUCCUACCACGGUGACAGCAGGCCCCAGCCACGGCGCAAGCAGCCCAAAAGACAGAGCCAUCGAUCAUAG